CCCGUCGCGGGACUCUGCCCGGAAGCCUCCACCGCCUCCCCACGGAAGCGCUGCUGGCGCCUGCGCGCUGCUCGGCCCGGCCCCAUGGCGCUGCUCCGCUGCGAGCGGCUACCGCCGCCCCCCGCCCCACCGCCCCGCCGGGCUCCGCCGCAGCCGCCCUUCUCCUUCGCCCCGCGUCGCCUGCGCCUGGGCCCGCAGCACCCGCUGCUGGAGGAUGGCGAUGUGCAGAGGCACCUCUACCUGCGGGACGCCCUCACGGGCCGGGCCGAGGAGGCGGAGAGACCCAGGGUAUCUGAAUUCUGUUGUCACAUUUCUGGGUGCUCCCAGGUCUUUGACACCCUGGAGGGCUAUGAGCACCACUACAACACGCUGCACAGGAAUGUCUGCUCCUUCUGCAAGCGCUCCUUUCCUUCAGGGCAUCUCUUGGAUAUCCACAUCUUGGAGUGGCAUGAUUCACUCUUCCAGAUAAUGGCCGAGAAACAGAACAUGUUCAAGUGCUUGGUAGAAGGCUGCACAGAGAAAUUCAAGAGCAGCAAAGACAGAAAGGAUCACUUGGUCACCAUUCACCUUUAUCCUGCUGACUUCCGAUUUGGUAGACCAAAGAAAGUGAAAAGGCUCACAUGGCAUCUUCUGAGAAACGAUACAAAAUUUUGUCUCUGCAGUGGCACCAAGCACAUGAGCUGUCCCACGCAGCAGGGUACAAGUGUGCCAAUGGAUGUCAGCAUGGAGACUUCGGAGCAAUUCCAGGUGGACCCCAUGGAAGUAGGGCCCAGUGAGAGCAUGGAGAUCCCUCAGCCAGCCGCCAGCCCCAGCCCCUCAGUGCCAGUGAAACGACUCUACAAAUCCAGGGUCCCAUCCACAAUUUGCUUUGGGCAAGGUGCCACCCGGGGAUUCAAAGGCCCAAGGAAGAAAGUCUGAAGCACUGGAGAUAGUCACAAGAUGAAAAGACACCAGCUGCCACCACCAGCAGACAUUAUUGAUGGCGCCGUGGCCAUGCAGGAAUAUUUGCAGUCACAUGCAAGGAUCCACUCCAUUACAGGAAAGUGGAAAGGAGACAACAGGGGUUGUGUGGUUUGGGAUGCAUAAAUAUCUUGGGAGGUGCUUUGCUACAGUCCCUUUGUGUCUCCGUACCUCAUCCUUUUGAGAGGAUUUCUGAGCGACACAUAUUGCUUAUGCUUAUAUUCAUCCUCCAUAAGCCACAAAGCUCUCUUCUCUGAUACCCCCAAAAGCAAACUACAGAUAAAUUUGUCUGCCUCUGUGCUGCUGAGUUGUUGUGCCUCGUCAGCAGCAGGACUCCUCUGGCUAGUAGCAGCUUUCUAGACGUACCUUGCCUGAUUUUGGUAAAUGAUUUUCUGAACUCCAGACAGUCACAAGAAUUGCACAGACUUAAUCACUGCCAAAAAUGCAGCAGGGGUAACACAGAGAAACAUCCCACUGUAUGCCCUCUUCUUCUAGGAAGCCCUGCAUCCUCCCAGCUCCAUCAGCUGUCCUGCUGGAAAAGUAUCACACUUCCCUACCAGCCUUACUCACCUGCAGGUGAGGACUUUGUUUGUAUGGAGCAGUGUCUGAGAAGGGCUGUUGGAGUGGCUUAGGGCUGCACUGCUCUUGAGUGAAACCAUGCAUGCAGAAAAAAACAUUAAUUUGCCAUACCUGUAUCUUCUGCAAUCUUCCCUUAAGUGUACUGAGCAAUGUCUGAAAGCCCCCAGAUAACAAGGCACAACACUCACAGUCUAGCUUACUUUUUUACGUUUUCUAGCAACACUAUUGAAAGAUCAUGGUGCAAACAGCCCUCUUGACAGCAUAUGGACAUGGGGUGGGGUCAACUUAGGUUUCUUGUCACCAGUUGCUAGCAAAAAGUUCUAGCCUGCAAGAGAGCACCACAAUGUGGAGGUGAGAGUAAAGCUGCUGUCUUGCAAUGCAGGUGGAGCCAGAAAGAAGGAACCUUUGGCCUUUGCCCCAAAUAACCCCAAAAUCAAUUGAUGAUAGAGAUGAUAUUUCCAUCCAUAAAUAAAAAUAAAAUAAUCACAGGAGGUUGCUGGUAUGCCAUUUAUCUAAGAAGCUUAGGAUCUGUAAUUGCUUUUUAUCCCUCUCUCCUCUCUAGAAGGAAGGGCAAAAAAAGGCUUUGAAAACUCCUUGCAAAUAGGAGCAGAGAGCAAUUUUUAUAGGGACAUAAGUGAUUUCCUUGUGAGUUUUAAAAUGUUUCAUCUGUUUAAAACAGCUGGUUUGUCCAGCUUUUAUCCUUGCUCCUCAGCUACAGCAGUCACUGGCCAACAAACCAACUGGAGCUGAGUAGAGUGGAGAGUUGGAGGGAAAUGUGGAAAGGGAGGGCAGGGACAGAGUGAAGGCUGUGCAGAGGGAAGCACAGGUACUGGGAGGGAUAAAUGGGAUGGAGGAUAUUACAGAAGGAGGGAUGCCACCCCACAUCUGGUGCCUACCACCACCCACAACUUCAGCAGUGCAGCAAGCACCAUGCACUGCCCUGGGACCUCCAGCAGCAGAGGCAGGCCAUCAAAAAAAGCACGUCCCAAAGCAGGAAGCCCCUAACGAGAUAUUUCUGUGCUGAGAUAACUGAAAAUGUUAAGUCCCUGAACCUGCAGGCUCAGGCUCGCUGAGGUAUGAAGAUCACACGGGAGAAACCAAGUCUGCUGCACAGUGUUACCCCUUGUAUGUUUAGCUCUGACGCUUCCAUCUGGAAACAUCUUUCUUCAUUUUUCCCAGACUCUGAAGUGUCUGAGUGUCCACCCUUGGUCUUAAAAAAAAUAAGUAAAAAUCAUAACCACA